AUAAGGGGCUUAACCCUGUUUUACCGACUGUGUUCCUCCACACACGCCACCUAGUGUUGCAUUUAAAUUGCGGUGUUUAUAAACUUGCAAGUUGUAUUUUUACCCCAGUUUUACCCAAAAUUGUCCAAUUUUAUUUAAUUAAACAACACUACAAACAUGUCGAUUUUGGCAUACAAUGGGGGCGCCAUGGUGGCGAUGAAAGGCGACAAAUGCGUCUCGAUCGCGUCAGACAAGCGUUUCGGCAUUCAAGCCCAGACAAUCGCCACCAAUUUCCAGAAAAUCUUCGAAAUGGGCCCCCACCUCUACGUGGGGCUGCCCGGCCUCGCCACUGACACCCAAACCGUCAUGGAGAAACUCCGCUUCAGGAAAAACCUCUACGAAUUGAAGGAGAACCGUCCAAUGUCGCCCAAAGUUUUCAGUGCUAUGCUUUCAAACAUGUUGUAUGAAAACAGAUUUGGGCCGUUUUUCGUUGAGCCAAUUGUGGCAGGUUUGGACCCGGGGACGUACGAACCGUACAUUUGCAACAUGGACUUGAUCGGGUGCCCCAAUCAGCCCAAUGAUUUCGUGGUGGGGGGCACAGCCUCCAGCCAGCUUUUCGGGAUGUGCGAGUCGCUGUGGGAGCCCAAUUUGGGGCCGGAUGAUUUGUUCGAGACCACGUCGCAGGCGCUGAUUAAUGCCUUUGAUCGGGAUGCCAUUUCGGGGUGGGGGGCUGUGGUUUAUAUCAUUGAGAAGGAUAAGGUCACAGUGAGGGAUCUGAAGACGCGGAUGGAUUGAUUUUUUUUUCAUUUAUUGUAAUUUGUAUUUUUUAAGCUGAAGAAAAACUAAUAAAUAAAUUAAAAACCAA